GUUCGAGUUGAAUCGAAGCAAAGCUAAGGAAAGAGAAAUGGCUACUGUAGUGGGUGAAGCGUUGCUCUCAGCCGUUGUGGAAGCGUUGGCUAGAAAGAUCUCCACUACUGAGAUACGGGAGUUGUAUCGGAGCAAGAAUCUUGAUGAAUCGCUGCUUGAGAAGCUGAGACCGACGCUGCUAAGCCUUCAAGCUUUUCUGUGUGAUGCUGAGGAGAAGCAGAUCAGCAACGCUGCUGCGAAGAGAUGGCUUGAUGAUCUCACUCAAGCUCUCUUUGACGCCGAUGACUUGAUCGAUGACAUCGCCACCGAAGCUCUCCGUCGCAAAGUGGAAGCCCGCUAUCAUCAAAGUGUCGCUGCUAAGGCGCGGAAGGUCCUCUCCUCUCCUUUCAAGUGGCCUUACCGAAAGAUUAAUUCUAAGAUGCAGAAAUUGUUUGAAAGAUUAAAGCACUUUGAAGAGGCAGCACACAACCUUCCAUUGGAAAAAGGUGUCUCUGGCAAUGUUUGGCGUGCAACACCUACAAAUUCUGCUAUUGAUGAUUCUGCUAUUUGUGGAAGAGAUGAUGAAAAACAGAAUCUGAAAGAGUAUUUACUGUCAGAAGACGCUGUUACUGAUGGUUGCAGUAAAAUAGGAGUGCUUGCCAUUGUUGGCAUGGGAGGAGUUGGAAAAACAACCCUUGCUAAACUCCUAUACAAUGAUGCUCAAGUUAAAGAUAAGUUUGAUGUGAAAGCAUGGGCAUCUGUUUCCAAAGAUUUUGAUGUUUUCAAGCUGGCAAAAUCUCUUCUUGAAUCUAUCACAUCUGCAGCAACAAAUUUGGAUAACUUCGAUGCUUUGCGAGCAGAAUUGCAAAAGAACUUGUCUGGUAAAAGAUUCCUGCUUGUGUUGGAUGAUAUAUGGAAUGCAGGAUAUGUUGAUUGGACCAAUUUGAUGCUCAUUUUAAAUGUUGGGCAAAUGGGGAGCAAAAUCAUUGUUACAACACGACAUCAAGAUGUUGUGGAUAUUGUAAAAGCUAUGCGGACCUGCCGUCUGGAACCAUUGGCCAAUGAAGAUUGUUGGAGUUUACUUUCCAAACAUGCAUUUGGAGCACACAAAUGCAAUGAACUGUCAUCCAACCUUGAAGAAAUUGGUAGAAAAAUUGCCGAAAAGUGUGGUGGCUUGCCAUUAGCUGCGGUUGCAUUGGGGGGUCUUCUUGGCACAAAGUUAUCAAGCGAGGACUGGACUAAGGUGUUAAACAGCAACAUUUGGCAUCUUACAGUGAAAGACGUGCAACCAGCUCUUCUAUUGAGCUAUCAUUUCCUCCCAGCUUCUUUGAAACAAUGCUUUGCUUAUUGUGCAAUUUUCUCAAAAAACUCGAAGCUGCAAAAAGAGGCGUUAGUUGAGCUAUGGAUGGCGCAAGGCUUUGUCAAUGUGUCCCAAAAUGAGAAGAGCAUUGAAGAAGUAGGCGGUGAAUACUUUGAUGAACUAGUAGCAAGGUCUUUGAUACGACGUUCUGCGGAUGGGGAACACUUUGAAAUGCAUGACCUCAUCAAGGAUUUGGCAACAAUGGUUUCUUCCCCAUAUUGUAAGAGGCAUGACAAUGAAAUGCAACUUGGAAAUCUAACUGAAAUUCGUCAUUUAUCUUAUGAUAAAAGUAUGUUUAACCAUUUUGGCGAACUUGAUUCCCUUCAUGGAUUGAAAGGCUUACGUACACUCGUAGCAUUACCAUUAUCAUUUGAUAACCCGAAUUGGAGCCAUUACCUAGCGAAUGGGGUAUUGCAUGAGCUGUUACUAGCAUUGAAACAAUUGCGGGUGUUAUCUUUGUCAAACUACUGUAAUGUCACUGAUUUGCCGAAUUCUAUUGGCGAUUUAAAGCAUUUGCGAUACCUAGAUCUAUCUUGCACUCAAAUUGAAAGGUUGCCUCCUGCAAUAUGCAAGCUCUACAAUCUACAGACCUUGUUGUUGUCUAAUUGUAGAGGUCUUACUGAGUUGCCUGAGGGGAUGGGAAAAUUGGUGAAUCUACGCCGCCUUGAUAUUGAUGCAAACAACAAAGCGGACUGA